AUGCUCAGGCACAGGCGUGCAUAUGACGAUGCACGCUUAUCUCUGGAUACGUUUGGGCUGGCGGCGCUGGGAGGGGACGGAGGCGGGGUGGGAGGGGUGCAGGCGGGGGCGUUUGGAGAGGUUGGAGUGAGUGUGGAUGGGUUGGUGGAUGUGCUGGCAGAGGGGAAUUCGGGGGUGGAGGAGCUGUUGUAUGUAAGGCAGGCAUGCCGGCUGGUGUUCUACGGACAGGCGCCGCACGAGCUGCGGUGGUACGACAGCAGUCGGAGCACCUGUCAGGGGCCGGCAUGUCUCCCCCUUCACUGCACCAUUCCCCCCCACCACCCCCCCUCCCUCCCUCCCCACCACCCCCCCUUUCCCUCCCCCCCCACCAACCCCCCUUUCCUCUCCCCCCACCAUCCCCCCUUCCCUCCCCUCCCACCAACCCCCUCCCUCCCCCACCUGUAUCUCCCAAACCAGCCCUACAGGCCAAGAGGUGUUGCUGCACGAGGUGGUGCGGCAUCGGUGAGGGCACCUGUCAGGGGCGGUCAUUCUGCUGUGCGCCAAGGUUCACGACCUGUACCGCGGCAUUCAUGCCCAGCGCAUGAUGGCACAGGUGGGGUGGGCAGGAUUGUUGAGUGGGCUGUGAGUGGUGGGAAGAGGGGUGGGGCUAUGGGUGGGGGAUGGGACGAGGGCAGCCAAGGUGUAGACCUAUACCACUGCAUUCACACGCAACGCAUGAUGGCACAGGUGUCAUGCGACAUGGCACGUGAGUGCCUCUGCAUGCACGGCUGCCCCAAUGCUAAGCUCCUGUUACACCACAUCCUCACCCUUUUCUCUGCCUCCCUCCCGCCCUGUCUCCUCCCCACCCAAAGCGCGCGCCACCUCUCCCUCCUCCCCGACUUCCUGUUGUACUCUCUCGAGCUCUGCUCUCUCCCCGCGCUCCCCUCCCCGCCCGCGUCCUCUGCUUCCCCCUCCGUGGUUGCCCUUCUUGCUACGUCUGCAUCCCUGCCCCUGUCUAGCUGGAUGGAUCCGGGGGCGGGGGAAGUGGGAGGCAGAGCAGGGGGCGUGGGGGAUGUGUACGAGGGGGGUGUGGGGGGGAUCGUGGCUGUGGGCGGGAGAGUGGGGGAGUGGGAGAAAAGUGCCAUUGCACAGGAGCUCCUGCGGGUGCUGAGAGUGGGACGAGGGGGAGAGGCGAGCGAGCGAAGGCGGAGGAAGCAAGUUCACCAGAGCUUCAGAGUCAUGGAAAGGAGGAGGGGAAGGUGGAGGGGAGGACAGCGCGAGCAGCUGGGCCAGCAGCGUGACUGCAUCUGCAGGAGGGGAGGAAGCAGCGAAAACAGGAGCAGCAGCAGCGGCCCUGAGAGUGGGGUCCGCCCACCCGUUUCUCCUCUUCACACAGACCUACCCCACAUGCGUGCAGUUCUCUCUGCUAGUGUCGCCUUCCCCCCUUGCCCCGCGCACCCCCCCUCUCCGCCGCGUAUGGGGCAGCCCCUGCAGGUGUGCGUGUCCCUCCUCACGCACUUCCCUAUCCCCUGCACCUGUAGCGCGUGCUGCCCGCAAGCAGCAGGCCUCGUGACCUUCUGGGUCUUCGAAGCCCCGUCUCCCUCACCAUUCGAAGACUCGUCCCUCUCUGUGGUGGGCCAAAAGGCUGUGGAGAUAGCAGACGAGGCUCCUUUAGUGUGCGGCAGAUGGGGGUCUGGUGGGGGAGCCGCCGCCUGUGCGUGUGUGGGGGACGCGUAUGCAGUUCUGGGGGAAGGCAGUGCGGGGAGAGACGAGGGGGUGGAGACAGAGGUGCAUGGGACUGCUGUCCUUGCGGAGAUUCUAUUGCCGUGGGGGGAGCAGGGGGGAGCGGCAGGGCAGGGGCCGGGCACUGUGGUGUUUGUUCGAUGGAAGGCCGCCAUUCCCAUUAGCUUCAUUGCCACUCUCUCCUACUCCUCCUCCCCUCCUCCGGCUGCUGCUGCUGCUUCCACCCAAGCCACGCAGGCUCAGGGGAGUGUGAGAGAGGAGGCUGUUGCUGCUGUUCCUGUCGAUGCCACUGCUGUUGGGGAUGCAGCCUCCACCCCCACCACCUGUGCUUCCUCUACUCCCACCACCCCGCUCCCAUUGUCCGCCCCAUCUGCUCUCUCAGGGGCAGCAGCAGCAGGAGGAGGAGCAGAGGCGGCACCGGCAGCAGCUAUAGCGGUGCAUGAAACGUGUGUGGUGGCGGUGGUGGUGCGAAACACAGCGUGCACGGCUCUGCGGCUACUGGCAGUGCGGGUGCAGCAGCAGCAGCAGGGGGAUGACUCCGCAUGCCUCGUCCGGCCAGUGUCCAUGCGUCCCCGUGCAUCUGCUGCUCUUGCUGCUGGUGGUGGUGCCAUUUCAAACGCAGAUGAGGGGAGAGAUGGUGACAGGAGCAGUGCAGGUGUGGAGGGCAGUGGAGAAGGAGAAGGGGGAGAGCCAAUGCCGUCAGAAUCACCAGAGCAGUCAGAGGCGUGUGAUUCAGAUCUGCCGCUGGUGCUGGGUCAAGGCGAGCCCUUCACCCAACUCUUCCAUGUCACGCCACGUAUUCCACAUCAACAGGCAGCCCAGACUCUGACCCUUGCAACCUCGUUUCUCCCACAGCUCUCCCCAACCGUCUCAUCUCUCCGGCCGUUCCCACCCGUUCUUGCCGCCAACCCGAUUCUCGUCGCAUCGCUACACCUACCACCAUUCACGAUUGUGGGGUCGCCCUUCUCCUUCUCUAUCCGCCUCUCUAACUGCACCACCUCGCUACAAGAGGUGGUGUAUCAGUUGCAGGACGCCCCAGCUUUGUCUUUGCAGCUGCCGCUCAUUCGGCUUCUGGCUCCCUGCCUUGCUGCCAAGCUCUACCCCUGCCUGCACAAGUCACGGCUGUUUGUCUUCCCCUGUGCCGCUGUUGUGCAUGUUGCUGUUGCAUCUGCUGCUGCUGCUGCUGCAUCUGCUGCUGCUCCUGCUGCUGCUGCUGCUGCUGCCGCCGCCGCCGCCGCUGCUGCCGCUGCUGCUGCUGCUGCUGCUGCUGCUGCUGCUGCUGCUCCUGCUGCUCCUGCUGCUGCUGCUGCUGCUGCUGCUGCUGCUGCUGCUGCUGCUGCUGUUGCUGCUGCUGCUGCUGCUGCUGCUGCUGCCCUUUUGUAA